GGCACGGACACAAGGGCAGGAUGCUCCGGACAGUGAUUUUCAUGGGGUAAAGUGUAUGAUCGACAGCAGCAUCGCUGGGCAGAGGAAGAGAAGGAGGAUCAGCACAGCAUCCAGAGGCUGGGAGCCUGGGUUGGGAAGGGGUGGAAGGAGAGAGAGAGAGCACCUUUUACUGAUGAACAGCAAGAUUUUCCCCCCUCUCUCUUGAAUUCUAAAAAUUGACACGCCAAGACCACUGUGGAUUCAGGCUUUCAGAGAUUGCUCUGAUCCGGAUGUUGAAAUAAAAGCAGCUGUGGAGCUCUAGGGGGAUGCUCUAUACGGAGUUCACAAAUAAGACACUGACCUGGACAUGAAUGGGAUGGCAUCGGAUCACAACACGUCCUCCCAGGAAGAGUACCUCCCACACUAUCUCCAGAAGGAAGACCCCUUCGCAUCAAAGCUUUCUAGAGAAGCUGACAUUGUAGCUGGGUUUUAUUUGACCGUAAUUGGGAUUCUUUCAACUCUGGGAAAUGGAUAUGUUAUUUUUAUGUCCUCAAAGCGAAAAAAGAAGUUGAGACCUGCUGAGAUAAUGACUGUUAAUUUAGCAGUGUGUGAUCUGGGCAUUUCAGUUGUAGGAAAACCCUUUAGUAUCAUUUCCUUCUUUUCUCACCGCUGGGUGUUUGGAUGGAUGGGCUGCCGCUGGUAUGGAUGGGCUGGUUUCUUCUUUGGCUGUGGGAGCCUUAUUACCAUGACAGCUGUCAGCCUGGAUAGAUACCUAAAAAUCUGUCACUUGUCUUAUGGUACCUGGCUUAAGAGACAUCAUGCAUUUAUCUGUCUGGCAAUAAUCUGGGCCUAUGCUACGUUCUGGGCUACGGUGCCUUUUGCUGGUGUGGGGAGCUAUGCCCCUGAGCCCUUUGGGACCUCCUGCACUCUGGACUGGUGGCUGGCGCAGGCUUCGGUGGCUGGCCAGGCUUUUAUUCUGAGUAUUCUUUUUUUUUGCCUCCUGUUCCCAACUGCGGUGAUUGUGUUUUCCUAUGUCAAAAUCAUUCUAAAAGUCAAGUCAUCCACCAAAGAGGUUGCUCACUAUGAUACCAGGAUUCAGAACAGCCACAUACUUGAAAUGAAGCUGACCAAGGUGGCAAUGUUGAUCUGUGCAGGGUUCCUCAUUGCCUGGAUCCCUUACGCCGUGGUCUCAGUGUGGUCAGCCUUUGGACAGCCGGAUUCAGUUCCCAUUCAGUUUUCAGUGGUACCAACUUUGCUUGCAAAGUCAGCAGCGAUGUACAACCCAAUUAUCUACCAGGUCAUUGAUUGUAAAUUUGCCUGUUGCCAGUCAGGAGGACUGAAGACACUGCAGAAGAAGAGCUCUUUGAAGAAACCGAGGAUGUAUACCAUAUCUGCACACAGGGACUCAACAGCGAUGAAUGAAACCCAACUGGAAGUAUGAAGACUCAUUUCACAUACAGUGAAUGAAAACCUGAUGAAAACAAUCAUACUGUCUCAAGUUCCUCUUUCUGUAAAUAAAUUAAAACAUGAUGACAGUUUUAUUUUACUCCCUAGUCCUAUGUACAGUGUAAUUCUUUCCAUCCUGACUAAAAUAGUGCUAUUAGAGCUGGGCAAAUAUUUUAAGUACUCAGAGGAAAAAGAAACAGAGAAG